CUGAUUUUGCUUUCUCGUGUCUUGUAUUAAAACCCUUCUAGAGCUCUUUGUUUACACAGUCUCGAUCCAUCCGCCUCUCCGUUCUUUGCUUUUUUUUUACAUUCGAUUGUUGUUGAAGAACAAGUGCUAAUACCAUGGCUACAAAGAAGAGCGUUGGAGAUUUGAAGGAAGCUGAUUUGAAGGGGAAAAAGGUGUUCGUCAGAGUUGAUCUGAACGUUCCUUUGGAUGAUAACUUCAACAUAACUGAUGACACCAGAAUCCGUGCUGCUGUUCCGACCAUCAAGUAUUUGAUAGGUCAUGGCUCUAGAGUCAUCCUUUCCAGUCAUUUGGGACGCCCGAAGGGUGUCACUCCUAAGUACAGUUUGAAGCCUCUGGUUCCAAGGCUAUCUGAACUUCUUGGAGUUGAGUUUAAAAUGGCAAAUGACUGUAUUGGUGAAGAAGCUGAGAAAUUGGUGGCUGGACUACCAGAUGGAGGUGUAUUGCUUCUUGAGAAUGUGAGGUUCUACAAGGAGGAAGAGAAGAAUGAUCCUGAAUUCGCAAAGAAGCUAGCUUCUCUUGCAGAUCUCUAUGUCAAUGAUGCAUUUGGCACUGCUCACAGAGCCCAUGCUUCUACAGAGGGAGUGGCAAAGUUCUUAAAGCCUUCCGUUGCCGGUUUUCUUAUGCAGAAGGAGCUCGAUUAUCUUGUUGGAGCUGUGGCAAAUCCCAAGAAGCCAUUUGCUGCAAUAGUUGGUGGUUCUAAGGUAUCAACCAAGAUUGGAGUGAUCGAAUCCCUCUUGGCCAAGGUAGAUAUUCUUAUACUGGGUGGAGGAAUGAUCUUUACCUUCUACAAGGCCCAAGGAUACAAAGUUGGAUCAUCUCUUGUGGAGGAAGACAAACUUGAUCUAGCUACUUCUCUCAUGGAGAAGGCCAAGGCAAAGGGGGUCUCCCUCUUGCUGCCCACUGAUGUGGUUAUUGCAGACAAGUUUGCUGCUGAUGCUAACAGCAAGGUGGUUCCAGCUGCAGAGAUCCCAGAUGGUUGGAUGGGCCUGGAUAUAGGACCCGACUCCAUCAAAGCCUUUAAUGAGUCUUUGGACACUACCCAAACCAUUAUUUGGAAUGGGCCAAUGGGUGUGUUUGAAUUUGAUAAGUUUGCUGCAGGCACCGAGGCGAUUGCCAAGAAGCUUGCCGAGCUCAGUGGCAAGGGAGUGACAACAAUCAUCGGAGGAGGUGAUUCCGUUGCAGCCGUGGAGAAGGUUGGGCUUGCUGAUAAAAUGAGCCACAUCUCGACUGGUGGUGGUGCCAGCUUAGAGCUUCUCGAGGGCAAGCAACUGCCUGGGGUCCUUGCUCUUGAUGACGCUUAAGCUUUAAUUUUGCACCUCGUUGCUUUUUUUGUUUCAGUGUUCUAGUGUGGCUGGUAUCUCAGCCGAAGUGUGAAUUUUAGUAGAGCCGAGCUGAUCUGGUAGGGUUGAAAAGGUGAACUUGUUAUAAAUAAGAGGAUACAUUUGGAUUGGAUUC